CUGGAGCAGCACCACUCCACCUGGCUAUGAUGUUUUGCGCACAGGGAGUCAGCAUGCACACACUGGAUGUUCAGCAUAACUAGAGGAGCAGAAGUGAGGUGCCAGGGUGGAUUUCUUUAGUCAGCCUCAACUACUUUUUAUUCCACUUUAAUCAUCUUAACUCCUAUUUUUAUGAUUAUGUUGACAAUGCAUCGUUCAUUCGUCGUUUUUGUGAGUUUUAUAAAACUGUCCCCCUUCCGCCGCACAGCAUUUGUUUUCACGGUGGUUGUUGUUUAUCCGUUCGUAUUUGGCUGAAUUUGACCUCCGGUGUCCUUCCCAGGACAGAUGUUCACUGCUGCUGCCGCAUCAUUACGACCCUGAGUCUGACUCACCGUCACAUGCUGCCCGAUGCAACUCGUCAAUCCAUCCACUCCUAUGGUUUGAACUGACGCGUAAAGGCAGGGACGUACUGCUGGUGAUGGGAACUCUCUGGGACGCGUUGGCGCAUGAAGAACGAGCUUCUGGUGGCUCACGGGAACAGAAAGGAUGCAGGAGAUAACCAGUCUUUAAGUUUUCGAUUUUUUUUUGGACAAUAUGUGUUUGUGUUGUUUUCUGAUGUGUUUGUUUUGAUUGGAAUACGGACAGCUAUAAUUUGGCAGGUGAUAUGUAGCUUACAAAUGUACAGCAUUUCAUUUGCUUUUUAACACUCUUCCUUUGGACACGUACUUAAGGGGUACUUCAAAGUGCGUGUUGCAGAUGAAGUGGAUGAUUUGGAUCGACCUCAAAUAGCCUCAUGUUUGUGUUAGAGUGUGAAGAGGACUAAAUGUUGGCUGGAGAUUCUCGGAUGUUUUCUGUCAGCUCCGAAUUUUAACUUGUUUCACCGUCAAAGAAAACAAUUACGCGCAAGAACAUCUGGUUUUACGCACGCCUGCCACGCGCAGCCACCCGAACCCGAGACAAAGAUGACGGCAGGAUAGUGCAGCAACAAGGGGAAUGAGGUGUCCCAGACCCGGGGUGACUUCAGCAGUCAGGGGCACGAGUGGCCCCGUGAAUAACCGCGGCUACAGCAUGCCAUCUUGGCCCAAUCACUCGGAGUGCCUCUCCCAUAACUGCAGCUGGGAGGAGACCCACAACGCCACUAUCCUGAACCCUACCCAGCCUCCUCUCAAUUACUAUUCAAUUCCUCUCCUCACGGCCAUCACCAUCGCCUGCACGCUGCUGUUCCUGGUAGGGGUGGUCGGGAACGUCAUGACCAUUUUGGUGGUCAGCAAGUACCGGGACAUGCGCACCACCACCAAUUUGUACCUGUGCAGCAUGGCGGUGUCAGACCUGCUCAUCUUCCUCUGUAUGCCACUGGACCUCUACCGCAUGUGGCGGUACCGGCCCUGGCGUUUUGGGGACGCGCUCUGCAAACUCUUUCAGUUCGUAUCAGAGUCGUGCACGUACUCCACCAUCCUCAGCAUCACCGCGCUGUCAGUGGAGCGCUAUCUGGCGAUCUGUUUCCCGCUGCGCGCAAAGGCGCUAGUGACCAAAAGGCGAGUACGCGCUUUAAUACUUCUUCUCUGGACAGUCUCCCUUUUGAGCGCCGGCCCUGUGUUUGUUAUGGUGGGAGUAGAACGGGACAGCAUGGGACCACCACCAAACUUCAGCUCGUGGAUGAACGAGACUGGCUGGUACUUGGAGACUGGUGACACCAGGGAGUGUAAGAUGACGCAUUACGCAGUGGAGUCGGGCCUGAUGGGAGCCAUGGUGUGGCUGAGCUCCGUUUUCUUCUUCAUGCCAGUCUUCUGUCUGACGGUUCUCUACAGCCUCAUAGGGCGCCGGCUGUGGCAGAGACACAGGGAGACAAACAUGAGCUCCCGUGUAGCUCACAGGGACAAAAGCAACAGACAGACCAUCAAGAUGCUGGUGGUGGUUGUUCUGGCCUUCGUCCUGUGCUGGUUACCGUUCCAUGUGGGUCGGUACCUGCAGUUCCGCUCCCUGGACGCUCCAUCCCCGCUGCUGUCGGUGUUGUCCGAGUACUGCAGCUUGGUGUCCGUGGUUCUCUUCUACCUGAGUGCCGCCAUCAACCCCAUCCUCUACAACACCAUGUCCUGGAAAUACCGGGGCGCAGCGGCGCGCCUCUUCGGCCUGACCGACAGCCAUCCGGCACGAGGACGCACAGCCAGCACCGUGAAGGGAGACGUUUCCAACGGCUGGACGGAGUCCACAGUCAGCUUCUAAACGCACGACUGUCAACAUGUCUGGAUGUAAUGAGUCAAGCUAUCAGUCAUAUGUUGAGAAUACUCACCUAAAAGCCAUUAUUUCUGUCAGGGCGAGUUCAUAACUGCUGAGAGCACCAGCCUUUACCUGACUGAAAACAAAAGUGAUGAGAAAAAUACGAUCCACAUAAGUUCAACAGGCAUAAAUAAAACUUCUUCUUAAUAUUGUUUUUUUUUAUCCUUACUAAUAUUAUAGCCUAGAAGUUCAUUUUCUGUUUAUUUCAGCAAGUGCCACAUAUCAUUCAUACAACACAAUCAGCAACAUUUGAGAAACAUGACUGGUGGAGUGCAAAAUACAUAUUGAUCCAAAAGUGAAUAUCAGGAGUGUGCAUGCCAGUGUACAUGCACAUAUAUAAAUGUCACAGACAUCUAUAAAUGCCUUAUAUUGUAUUCGUAUUCUGGAUGACAAAGAAAGCACUGUAGAAUUUGUGGCACUGCUCUGUACUCCUUCAGAGAGGGACAGAGGUGCAGUGUGUGUGUCUGUGUGGAAGAGACAUUUGUAUGUGUGUAGUAUGCUUUUGGGUGUGAUUCCUGUGACUAGCUGAGAGACUGUCUGAAGAUGUAUACUACGUUACGGUUGUCAGUUACGUUCAGUGCCCUGUUUCUUGGAAAUUCAAGUCCAUGUUGUGAUGAUGCUGCCAACAAGGGUCAGUGGACAGUCCCUGAAAUGAAGAAAACAUGCUUUUAUAUCCACGCUCUGCACAGCAGUGGUUUAUUUUCAGUGACUGGGAGACAGCAUUUCCAGAAUAUGUGCCUGUCACUUGAUUUUUGUGUUUAGAUAUCACUGAUAAACGAGCAACAAUGUUCAAUCUGCGUUCCUCUUGAUAUGUCAUUAGAAAUGUGCAUGAAGAUCACUAAAUUUUCAUGGGUCACUGUGUACAGAUGUGCAGAGCUUUUAUGAAGUGUCAGUCUGGUGGGUGGGACAAAGCUAGCUGAUGAAUGCUACCUUAUAAAUGAACAUGCCAGUGGCCAUAAACACUUGAGCUGUCUGAGUCUUGUGAGCUGUGCACCACUGAAACACUGUUGACUUUUUUUUUAGCACCAAAGCCAUCAGGUGUACUGAUGUUGAUUACAUUCAUUCAACAAACACUACAGGACCUUAUUUCUUAUUACAAUGUGCCAAAUCUGUGGAUCCAGUCAUACUCAUAUGUAGCAGCUUUUUGUUAAGUCAUUGUCAGAUUUGUCAAGAUUUUUUAUGCUUUGUGCAUUAGCUGUCCUAUUACUACACUUAUCUCUGGCACAAAUUGUUUAUUACUCCCAAAAAUGAACAGUCAGACCGAGUUCUGUACUAGUUAAAUAAAACACGCACAAUUUAAAUUGUAUAAUGUAAGUCUUAUUUGUCUUGUCUAUUAAUUUUCUACGCAUAGAAGUUAAAAGUUUUCAUGGGUGACAAGGCCAGGAUGACUUCGGCACAAGGCCAACAGGGUUAAAGCAAAGGUCUACGGUUGGAAAACAAGUAUGACAAGUGGGUAUGGGGCCCAAUUUGGAAUAUUUUGUCCCCUCUGUCCAUGAGCCCUAAUGGCUGGCCUGUUUAAAACAGCACAUAAAAGCAUGUGAACUGAAAUAGAAGCACUCUAAAUGUGCCCAAUCCUGACCAAAAUGUCACACCAAGAACACUUUUCAACACUAUCUUAUCUCCCUUAAGAGUGCAUUAAAUAAAGCAAAAGAUGGAAAUAUAAAGGUGAAUGAAUUUUGUAAAGUGUGUCAUGCGGCCUUCGGGUCAAAGAUGAUCAGUGAACUAUCCGUAAGUGACGUCAUUCUUAUGUUAUUUUGUAAAUAGCUGCUCUGUAAUGCUUUACACUUAGAUCAUUUCAACAGUCCAAAUCACCGCAGCAGCCUCCCAAAAAUCUUCACUGGAUUUAAAACACAGCCUCCUGGCUCUGAAGAAUGUAUCUCUGUCAACUGAAUGUUUCUGACUGUAAAUACUGAUAACCUUACAAAUUAUUUAUUAAUGUACAGGACGUAUACUGAUUAAAAGAGUAAAAACUGAUUCCUAUUUUCUUCUUUUGGAAAAUGUCUGUGAAUAUCUGCAGUUGGUUAAUGUAUCUGUCAAUGAUAAAGUCCUGUAAAGAUAAUAAAAAAGAAAAAACUCA